AUGAAGACCGUGCUUUUCUUUCUUUCUCUUUUCGUCUGCUCGUUGGCGGCGAUCUUGCCCUACCCCUCUCGCUGCACGGUCUACUCCAAAACGUGCGCAUCCUGCAAGUGCGGGAAGCAGACGUGCGUCGAGAAGACGAAAUGCUGUGUGUACGAAGCGUGUCAAGUGUACGACAACACCAAAGUCGAGUGCUGUCCGUUCGAGUGCCAGAACGGUGGAACAAGAGUUCGCCUGCUAGGCAAGAGGGAUGUGUCAGAAAGUACGAGUCUUUCGGACACUGUGUGUCCAGCUGAGAUUCCGCCACCGCGUUGUUCUUGUCCGCCAGGAUUUGAGGGCCAGUGCUGCCAAAUAGAAAAUCCCUGUGCUGGUUUCGAGUGUGACGACAACCAAACGUGUCAAGUUCACCACUCCGACGGAAAGGUGGAACCGUUUUGCGCUGACCGGUGUGGAUCUAACAUUUGCUCGUACGGAGAGAAGUGUGAAGGAAUGGCGGUCGUUUGCGUCACGGCGCCUUGUCCACGCCGACAUCAAUGUGUUCCGGGCAUGCCCGGACGAUGCCCGCCAGUUGAUCCCAGUCUCAUCACUACUUGCCCAGUCGAGUGCAGCUCUGAUACCGAAUGCCCGGGAAAUCAGAAAUGUUGCAACAUUGGUUGUCACAUAAAGUGUGUCACUCCAGUUUUCUAUUGAUAUGAUUACUCAAUUGAGUUGCGUCCGUGACCGCGUGUGUUUCGUCGGACUAACAAUAUUAUGAGUUUAGAGAAGU